AUGCUCUUCAAGUCCUACGCCCUAGUGAUCACUCACGGCGAUGCCCGCAUCCCCCUUCCAUCCGGUAUCCCCAAGGUUUGCGAGCUUAUUGAACACCUGGACCGCGUGUUCCUUAACCUCUGCUCCGAGCAGAACAAGGUGCCGCUCCUAUAUGCAACCAUCCCUUGGUCCCCGGAUCAGCUUCAGAGGGAACAAGCCGCUGCGGAAGAAGCCCGACCCCCUCCUCCUCCGUCAUAUAACAAUCCUCCCCUCCACCUCUCCUCCCUCCGUGGUUUGACCGACAACUGGGACCGCCUGCUCGCCGCGACGGACCGUUCCUUGGAUGUCCUCCACGUCGAACUUGGCCACCUCCACCGCGGCCUGGCUGAGGACCGGAUCGACCAACUUUCCGGCCUCAGCCUGUGGGCACCACCCACAAUGAUCAUCCCUCUCAUCACCUUCCAAAGGGAGCAGACAAUGAGCGUGACGAUGCUCAGGAGCAGCCUAGGGUGCCCAGUCCAGUUCCGCUGCCUCAACCUCCAGAAGAGCCAGCGCGCAAUGAUGCGCUGCGGUGCUCAGGGAGAGAGCGGAAGCCAGUAA